CUUGAAAGCCUUAACAUGCAAAAUAACAAGUUUUUAUCAUGUCAUAUUUUAUCGGACUGCCAAAAAUAGGUUAGUGCAGUGAAAAAUAAUACUCAAGCCCGAUCUCGUCCUUUUAAUACUUUUUUCAAUCUUGAUUUGUACGUUUGUACCUCGAUCCUGAGAAAUAUCGAAAUAUGUGCUCUCGUGAGUUUUAGGUUAGAAUCUAUACCUCGAAAUUUUUCGUUUGGAAACGAAAUCGUGGAAUAUAAAUGAACAUGGCUUUUGCAAUGAGCAGAGCAAGUGGAAUUUUUCUGCGCUCUAGUGCCGAAUUCAGGAAUUCGUAUAAACAUUUAAAUCUUACGAGGAUAUCCGCAGUUAGUUUUUCCUUAAAAGCGGAAGUACCACAAGUUGAGGAAGUAGAAAAAUUGAAACCGCCAGUUGGAGACGGCAAAAUAUUUAAAUCUGCCGAAGAAGUUGUCUCGGAUUUACCUAAUGGUGCCAGGGUUUUAGUAGGUGGUUUCGGCCUCUGUGGAAUACCUGAAAAUCUUAUAGAUGCCGUACUUAAAAGAGGAUCUAAAGAUUUAACUGUCGUUUCUAAUAAUGCCGGAGUGGACGAUUUUGGACUAGGAAUACUUUUAAAAGAACGUAGAAUAAAGAGAAUGAUUGCUUCCUACGUGGGUGAAAAUGCCGAAUUCGAAAAGCAGUAUCUCAGUGGACAACUUGAAGUGGAAUUAACACCUCAAGGUACUUUAGCAGAACGUGUAAGGGCAGGAGGAGCUGGUAUUCCGGCUUUUUACACUCCCACAGGUUUCGGAACUAUAAUUCAAGAGGGAAACGUCGUUGUAAAAUAUAAUGAAUCUGGUGAUGCAGAAAUUUCUGGUGAUGCUAGAGAUACUCAACAAUUCGAUGGACGAAAUUACGUCCUCGAAGCAGCAAUAACCGGAGAUUUUGCAUUGGUGAAGGCUUGGAAAGCUGACAAAGCUGGGAAUCUUAUGUUUAGAAAAACAGCUAGGAAUUUUAAUCCAAUCAUGUGUAAAGCUGCUAAAAUUGCGAUAGCAGAAGUAGAAGAAAUUGUUGAGUUAGGUGAGUUAGAUCCUGAUCAAGUUCACCUACCGGGGAUUUAUGUGGAUCGAGUCAUAAAAGGUGCUUCUUACGAAAAACGUAUUGAGAGAAGGUCUACGAAACAAACCGCGAAACCUAAAAAAUCAACUCCAGCUAGUAAAGCUAGGGAUAGAAUUAUAAGAAGAGCGGCUUUGGAAUUUAAAAAUGGAAUGUACGCAAAUUUGGGCAUUGGUAUACCGAUGCUAGCCAGCAAUUAUAUUCCUAAAGGAGUCAAGGUGACUUUACAAUCUGAAAAUGGAAUUUUGGGACUCGGUCCAUUCCCCGAAGAAUCUGAAGUCGAUGCAGACUUAAUAAACGCCGGUAAAGAAACCGUGACUGUUCUUCCAGGAGCUUCAUAUUUCAGCAGUGACGAGAGUUUUGCUAUGAUUAGAGGGGGUCAUAUCGAUUUGACGAUACUUGGAGCAAUGCAGGUUUCUCAAAAGGGAGACUUGGCAAAUUGGAUGAUACCAGGAACGAUGGUGAAAGGAAUGGGAGGUGCAAUGGAUCUUGUUUCUGCAGAAACUACAAAAGUCGUCGUCACUAUGGAACACAAAGCUCGCGAUGGCAGUCCCAAAAUUUUGGCCAAUUGCAACCUUCCAGUCACGGGACAAGAAUGCGUGGACUUGAUAAUUACCGACUUGGCAGUCUUCGAAGUGAUAAAAGGCGAAGGCCUGAAACUUAUAGAAAUCGCACCAAAUGUAGACAUAAGCGAAAUCGUCAGCUCCACUGGCUGCGAAUUUGCCGUCUCUGACGAUCUCAAAGAAAUGGGUCAAGUCUCUCUCGACGGCGAAUCUUGAAUUCCACCAGGUGAGCUUUGAAGUAAGACAAGAAAUAAUGGUAAAAAUUGACCGCCGAUUUGGGACUUGUUCUGCAUUUAUAAUAACUAAAGUUCGUUUCUCAGUAUAUAAUUUCAGUUUAUUUCUGAUUGAUUUAUGUCUCGAAAAACUAGAUGUAUUAUUUCCUACAACUACAGUCAAUGUGUAUAUUUUAAUUUUACAGUCUUGUAAACAAUUCUAAGCACAGAAAAUAUGUAAAAACUAUUGUAUAAUAAAUUUACGAGCUUAAGCUA